AUGACGGUGAAGGGCGGCACGAGCCAGGCAUGCGCGGCGUGCAAAUACCAGCGUCGCAGAUGCUCCGCCGAUUGUCCGCUCGCUCCUUACUUCCCUCCCGAGCAGCCCAAGCAGUUCCAGAAUGCCCACCGUCUCUUCGGUGUUAGCAACAUCAUUAAAAUACUCAACAAACUCGAACCGCCGCAUAAGGCGGAGGCCAUGCGUUCUAUCAUCUAUGAGGCCAAUGUUCGUGAUCGCUAUCCUGUACACGGCUGUCUAGGUCUUAUUUUCACCCUCCAUCUUCAGAUUCAGCACACGCAAUUAGAGCUGGAUGCCAUCAAUGCACAGCUUUCUCUCUAUCGCCACCACCAUCAGUCGUCGGAACUGCAUUUCGCUUCAUUGUCUUCAUCAUCCUCCUCUCCUUUAACUGUCAAUACAUCUAAUUAUCUGCCUUUCGAUGCUCUACCUAAUAACACUGACAACAAGCAUGUCGAAGAAUUUUGGGCUCAUAAUUCCUACAACAGUGGCAGUGCCAGUAAUUCAGUGAUCGCGGUUACAGGUUCAGGUUUCCAGACUCCAUUAGGAGUGGAGCACGAAUAUGAUGAAAUAUCACCAUACUUUGACACUAUAGAGGAAGGUCGAGUCUAUGAAUCAAGUUCUGAGUUGUCGCUGAAGGAAACAGUGCAGCAGGAACACGUUUCAGAGAAUGAGCUAAAAAGAGCCGCAGCAUGUUUUACUCUUACCACUGUCGACAUGAACUGA